AAUGGUACAAAUGUUAGCCUCUUUGUACAAACGCUGUGAACUGGUGUAACCAUCAACCUGCUAGUUAUCUUAAAUAAUAGAAAUAAAUAUCACGUAGGCCAAAUAAGUUGAGAGAGAAGCGGAGAAGGUUCUCGCGACUGUGAAGGCGGCCGCUCAAUCAAUUGAAAGGGACGGCGAUUGUUCAAUCAGAGACCGGAUACGGGAGUGACACGAUGUCGGUGUCGCUACGGGCUAGAGCUGGACUGGUGAAGAGAUCGCGAUGCCUGGUCCGGUACCUGGCCGCCCGGUGUCGCCGGUGUGAGACAGUGGAGGCUCGGCUCAGGGUGGUGACUGCCGUGCUGGUGUGUGUCGUGGUGUGCGAGGUCGCAGUGGUGGUGUACUUGUACGUGCUCGCGGCUGCCCCGUCUCAACCCCUAGCCAGGACCAAGCGGGAGAGUGCGGUACUCGAGAACACUGUCGGCAACCCGGAGUCCGAGCUAAGUGUAGAAUUCGUCAACCCCAAGCUGCGCGCAGAACUCGAGGAAAAGGAGAAAUUCAAUGGGAGCAAAACUGAGAAAGGUGCCAACCCUUGGGUUUGGUUGACUUCUUACUCCAGAGUUCCGAUUGUAGCUGUAGAAGGUUUUUGUAGAGCAGCAAAAGAUUACUGCCCUGCGGGUCCUCCAGGCACACCUGGUCCCCAAGGACCUGUAGGGCCACGAGGAGAUCCUGGAUACCGUGGUGAGAAAGGAGAGAGAGGUGGUAGUGGAGAGGUGGGACCCAGAGGAUAUCCUGGAGACAAAGGUCCACAAGGUCCACCUGGUCUUCGAGGGCCUCCAGGGUCUCCAGGUGCUCCUGGAUUGGAUGGCAGAGAUGGAAUACCAGGAGAACCAGGUUUGGACGGAAUGCCUGGAAGAAAUGGGCUCGAUGGUACCGCAGGUACUAAUGGGUUGCCAGGAAGAAAUGGCACAGAUGGUAUACCAGGAGCUCAUGGUCUUAACGGUACUAAAGGAGAAAUGGGUCUUACAGGACCUAUGGGACCACCAGGGCCAAGAGGUAUAGCCGGUCCAAGAGGGAGGCCUGGGAAGCCUGGACUGAAUGGAAACCACGGAUUACCUGGAGUUAGGGCUUGGGAGGUUACUGUCAAUGGUUCAAAAUCAUCAGAGCUUCUCAUCCCACCAACUAUAGUAGGAUCACACAAGUUUUUCUCUGGUGGGCCAAUCGGUGUGAAGGAGAGAGACAACGUGAGACUGCUCUGUGCCGCAACUGGACACCCAGCACCAGUGGUGCAGUGGCGGCGGCUGGAUACAUCUUCUAUUGAGUUGGGUUCCUGGAUUGACUCUUCUGUGGUGGGACACUUGCUCAAUAUCACCCGUAUACGUCGGGACCAGAUGGGCACUUAUAUGUGUGUGGCUGAGAAUGGUGUGCCUCCACCAGCCAAUCAGACUUUCAGACUACAGGUCAAGUUUGAGCCCAUGAUAACCAUAGAGAACAGGCACAUUCGAGCGGCUGUUGGUCAGAACAUAAGCAUUCAGUGUCAUGUGGAGGCAUUCCCUGAAGCAGUAAAGUAUUGGAAGAAAGAUAAUGUACAACUGAUAGAAUCAGACUACAAAUACGCCAUGACAGUGUUUGAAGAUUCUACAUCCAGCUACAAGUCAACAAUGGAAUUACUUAUAAAUCACAUAGAACCUUCAGAUUUUGCUAACUACCAGUGUGUAGCCAAGAACGAAAUCGGCAAGACUACUGGAAAGUUUCAAUUAGAAGAACUUGACAAGAACCUGGCGCGUCCCCCCACAUUUGACCUGGAGACCACCCCAGGCAUCAAGUUUGGCCCGGGGCCACCGGACAAAGUGGAGCUGAAUGACCUCUGUCCACCAGCCCCUAUCUGCCAGACUACCUGUCCUGACACGCAGAAGUACAGUCAGAGCUGCAAAAGUGGACUGUACAGUGUAUACGAGCUAUUGAGCUACAAGAGUCUUGAUGUGAGGCCACUGCUCAGUCCCACCGUCUACCCGGGAUUGCACAACAGAGACCUCAACUGCCUGGUCUACGCUGUUGGGAAGCCAGUUUACCAUAAGUUUGUCAAUUCUACAUACGGCAGCUGGAUGAGAGAUCCAGGACCAUCACAAAUAGAGUUUGGACACGACACAAUAUGGACAACCAAUGAAACUGACGCGAAGCACCUUCUUGAGUACUCGAACAAAACAACGUUCAGGCAAAGUAUAUUCUCAAGAAAAUAUGAGUUGAUGUACGAAUUUAUGGGGAGUGCACAUGUAGUAUUCAAUGGAUCAUUCUUUUACAACAAAAAAGAUGAACCAGUUGUCGUUCGCUACGAACUUAUCAGUCGUCUCUCCACAGAGAAGACACUACCCUACGCUGCCAUCAACAACAGUACAGGACUUUACUCAGAGAAGCACAAUUACAUGGACUUUGCUGUGGACGACAACGGACUGUGGGUGAUAUACGGUUUGGCUAACUCCAACAACACUGUGGUCGUCAAGAUGGAUGCAAAAGACCUGGAAAUACAAUAUGCAUGGAAUAUCAGUGUUUCACACAGAAAAGCUGGAGAGAUGUUUAUAGUGUGUGGAGUCUUAUAUGUGGUCCAGAGUAAUACAGAAACUACAACAAAUAUUAGGUUUGCUUUGGACUUAUUCACAAACAAACGUGUUGAAGUUGAUAUUCCAUUUACAAAUCCAUUUAAAAGAACUACAAUGAUAGGAUACAAUCACAAAAAUAAGGAACUAUACACAUGGGAUAAAGGAAACCAGCUGACUUACCCAAUACGCUAUCAUGACCAAGGUUUAGCCAAUCAGACAAACAAGGAAGAACAAGGAACUGCUGACUCUGCAUAUUACAAUCGGACUGGCUUUGAAGUUGAUGAAGGGAACUAGAAUGCUGUUUUUUUUUUUCCAAUUAAAUCUUUCACGAAUGAAAUAUUUUGUACAUACUGUGUUUAGAGGAAAUAUGUUUUUUAUGAUAAGAUUUUUAAAUUUUCAAAUAGUGUUAUUAAUACUAUUUAAAGAUUUAAGUGUUGUUUAACAUAACUGAAAUUAUAGAUUUUUGGAGCUUUA